AUGGAUUCAGACUCUGAAUCAUGCAAAGCGGGCGGAACCUCCUCAAAGGAUAUCCUGGAGCCUGACGUCCUCUUAUUGUCAGGUCAAUCCGUUCUCUCCGAGGCGUCACCUUUAACCUCAGCCUACCAAAUAAACGGUGACAUCAGGUCAAUCACGAAAAAACAUUCGUCCGUGGUAUUCGAAAGAGUCGAGGGCACAGCUGGCACGUCACAAAAACAACAGCUUUUCUAUCUCGCACACCCUACAAAUGCACAAUACCGGACCGACAUACCUGCCAAGUACUAUGUCACUUCAGUGGUACCCGAGAUGGUAGGUAAUAUUCGCCUCGAGGUUUCCAAGGCACGCUUUCAGAAAGCGUCCUUUAAAGCGAUAUUAAGCCCCAAAAAGACCGCCGCCGAUGAAUUAUUGUUCGACGAAGGGGCACAACAUUUGUUAUUUGAUAUCCAACCAAAUUGGAAAGGCAGCGAUUGCUAUAAGUGGACCAAUUUCACUGCCAAACAGGUGGCCAUUGAGGAAAAAGAGGAUGAUAGAUAUAAAUUGUCUGUUACGAGUAUGUCGCAGGAGUUGAGGGAUGCACUGGUUGCUACGUGGCUAUUGAGGCUAUGGCACGACAUGGCUGAGAGCAGACAAGCUAAAAGAGAAUGUUCGUUGAAGCUCUUGUUACCGUCGAACCCUGAUUCCGUUUGCUAA